AUGUUGCGUACGGUAGUGAAGUUACUUAGUCUUCCCUUGACUGGGGCAUUUGCGUCUCAGUACUACACCCCAAAAGCAUAUCAUGUCGGCUCGGGUCCUUCAAUCGAUGGGCUUUCCGAAUUUAAUGGUGGGAGUAUUGUCUUGAACAGCACUCAUCCAGUCUUGACACUAGAUUAUGGGACUGAGAUUGAGCUCAAGUAUAGUGAGCCUUUUGAUGGGUUACAACUGCCAUAUGGUGACGGGCCAUGGCUAUUCAUCAAUGGACUUGCCAACUCAUUCCGCACUGAGACAUUCAAUAUUACCUCGGCAGGGAAGAGUGAAGCCCUUUUGCUCCAGGGUGGAUUGCGUUGGCAAUCUAUAACUCUUCUCGACAACUACACCUUGACUAUCACUAAUGCUGGCUUACGACCCUCCGUUAUCAUCAAUGUUACCCAGGACUUGCGAGGCAGUUUUUCAACAUCCAACGACGGCUACCAAGAGGUUUGGGAUCUCGGAGCCCGGGCCGUGCAGGCAGCAUGCUAUGAUGCGGGGUCUCAACCUUCAACAUGGCAGAUAACACAAGAUGGCGCCUUUAUUCCAGGUCAAUACCCUGCUGUCUCCGCUAAAGGAAAUGGGUUUUCGAACUAUACACUUGAGUUUCAAACAAAAAUCACCACCGGAGGCACAGGAUGGAGAGUUGCAGGCGGUGCAAACGGUGGAUAUGUAUUACAGAACUCGAAUAUCACGGCACUGCCUCGGAAUAGCCUCGUUGCAGGGUAUGGCUUUAGUAUCAUCGACCAAAUUAUACUAUCCUCGGCUCCCCCGCAAACAUACUCUGUCUCUCAGGUUGAUAUUGAGGAGGAUACAUGGUAUACUAUCCGCAGUACAAUCAACGCAACCGGCUAUUCAGUUUCUUUCAAUGGAAAGGACAUCGCAUUUGUGACUGGUGGCCCAUUUGAAAGCUAUCUGAACACUGGAUGGGGAACAGGCGACUUGACAGAAGGAACGUUUGGCUUCGGACCGUACCUCAAUCAUGCAGCCUACUUCAAAAAUGUCUCUGCCUUCGCGAAUAAUGGCACGUUGAUAUACUCCAACCCAAUGACAUCCGAUGAGAUUCUGGAAGAAUACGCCAUAGCCAGUAACUCAUACGCGGUAUGUCUUGAUGGAGCCAAACGAGAUCGAGCAAUCUGGAUUGGAGAUUUCGCCCACACAGCGCGUAUAAUCGCAGCUAGUACCGGUCGCUUUGAUUUUAUCAAGAGCAUGAUUGACCUUGAGUUCGACUGGCAGUACCCACCAGGCCCUGCACAUGGACUUGUUCCCAUACAGGCGUACAUGGGUGCUGGGAAACAGUAUCGCGAGGUUUACUACCCAUCCGAGUUUGGAGAAACGGAUUAUCAAUUCUUCUUUCUUCUCACAUUGGGUGAUUACUUUGCUCUUACAAAUGACACAGUCACUAUAAAGAAUUACUGGAAAGGUACAAAGCUGCUUGUGGAGACCCUGGUUGAUCGGUACCUUGACCCAUCUUCGGGCCUCAUGGCAAAUGCCGACGCAUCUUGGUUUACUGCACAAGGGACACAGAACGCCACAGCUCCGAACGCGCUCUUCGUCGUUGCUCUGAACCAAUUGAUCAAUAUUGCAAACAUCAUGAGUGAUAAAGAAACGGCGAACUCCUGGAAGGAACUGUCGAGCAAUACUAGCAAUGCCAUUAACCAACUUCUUUGGAACGAGAGUCUUGGAGCUUAUAGUCUCUCGCUGUCACAACCCAAUGACACCGCGAUAUUAGCUACUGCAUUCACGAUUCGUGCAGGCAUUGCAUCACCAGAGCAAGUUGAAACUAGCAUUGGCCGUCUCAGCGAUGUCUUCUUAGACAUUGGAUACAAGUACAAUUCAGUCACGGGGGAUAGUGUCAACACGCAAUUAUCACCAACCACUCAAGGAUUCCUAUUCGAGUCACUCUUCAUUGCUCACCUUAAGUAUAACGUGAGCGCUGAAAGCGUCCUCCCAGCAAUCAAAAUCCUCUCGAAGACUUUAUGGCCCAAAAUGGUAACUCAGAAUGAAUACUAUACGGGUGCGAGCUGGGAAUACCUUUAUGCCGAUGGAACCCCUGGUAUAGGUACUUUCACGAGCUUAAGCCACCCUUGGGGUGGUGCUGCGACGUACAUAUUUUCCAAUUAUAUUCUGGGCGUUAGAACUGAGUGGGAUGAUAGCAUUGAGAGAUAUACGUGGGUUUUUGAUCCGGCAUGGGACAUUGUGCGGGGAUUGGGACUGAAAUGGGCGAAGGGUUCAAUCCCCUUAGCGGGUGGUGGGUAUAUCCAGGCUGAAUGGGAUGAUUCCAGUGCAGUCCCGGUCAUGACUGCUAAAGUUAUUGGAAAUGAAACAAUCCAAAUUCAAGCUGAGAUUAGAGCAAAUAUUGAGUAA